CUCAUCAUAAUGCUGAAGCCAGCAGAAGGAGCCAAGCUCGAAGGAGCAGAAGAACAAAGACCAAGUAUUUCAACAAUUCCAUGCCUUUUGAAAAACUGUUAAUUUUAUACUUGGCAAGCUUUUUUUAAAUACGAGUGGAAAGAAGUAGAGAGUCAAGACAGAGAGUGAAAGACAUUUCUUUGAGGUGGUUGCUUUUCUGACAUCACAGCAAGCACUUUGAAGUGAAUCAGAAACUUUGCAAGUUUUCUGAGGAGGGAAACAGAAAAUCACAUUGCGUGUAUUUCAGACAGACAGAAAACAAAAGAACAAGACAUUAUAAUAGAGCAAAAGAAGACGUGUUUCACUGUGGGGAGAUCCGUUUCGGAGCCAUGGAGCUAAAACUGGUCUUGAAAGCUGUCUUACUCUUCGCUGUUUGUAUUACAAGAAGUUGUGCAUCAGGAGCAGAUGACAAAGAAUCUCUUCAUGCUAACAAAAUUACUUCAGCCAAAGAAAAGCUCACAGUUUAUAGGAAUAUAUAUGUUGAAUUGGGCACAACAGUCACCUUGACAUGCACCAACACAACGAUUACAUGGCAUGACAUGAUUUUUGUCAUCUGGAAAAUUAAAUUGCGAGACAAAGAGUGUACAAUUGCUGUGGCUAAAAAUGAUUCGGCCCACGACACCUGCCUUGAUGGGAAAAAGCAGAACAACACAGCAGAUGGAAUGUACCACCUGAUCAUCCCAAAUUUCUCUAUUCAGGAUGAAGGAAAAUACACCUGUGACACUUCGUACCAAUCAGGUGGUACAAUAGAAGAAGUCACAGUGUCUGGCAGGGCCCGUCCACAACUAACUGGAUGGCUUGAAUAUGAACAAGGACAGACUGUGGCUGUGUGUGAAGCUACAGGCAAACCAGCAGCCACCAUACAGUGGAAAACACCAUGGAAUUCAACCUUCGUCCUUGGAAAGGCUUCUGAGAAUACAGGGCAGCUUUCUACGGUGGUUAACCGCUUACACCUUCCUCAACAUGCUUCAUAUGAAAACCUCACUUGUGUGGCUACUGCCAGUGACCUCAAGAACAUUUCGACACAAUUUAGCAACUUCACCUUCAGAGAUGCACAUUCACAAUGGCCCAUUAUAUUUGUGUGUGUCUUGGCUGCCGUCUUAAUCGCAUUUUCUUUAACUGGACUUUAUUUGUGCUCAAAUUUCAAGCUCUUAAGCAUUUUUAGAAAGCUUUGCUGCAAACCUGAAAUGCCUGUAACCAAUGAAGAAAAACCUCAACAGCCCUAUGAUCCUGAAGAAUUACAGCCUUAUGCAAGUUAUGUGCAAAGAGUAAACUCCAUCUACAACUCUUCUGCUGACCUCUUUAAAGCGUGAAUCACUCCAGAUUUACGUGAAUGCAGGAAGAGAGAUCUCGGAUGUGCCUACGGAUGUGUGUACUGUCAUGAGGUUUGCACUCGGCAAAUGCAGAUUCAUCAAUGCACACCUACUCUUUUGCCGGACGAAAUUACACAUGAAUCCUAAUACUGCUGAUAACGAGAGCUGAUGAAACCCCUUCAAAAGAACAUCCUCCAACGUGAAGACUCUGAUGAGAGAAAUACAAACCAGAGUGAGUCAAAGUGAAAGAAGGAGUGGAAACAAAAGGAUUGUCUUAUGAUUUGGAAACUUUGAACUUUCAAGUCACAAUAUAAAGAACCUACAUUUAGAGGUCUAUAAUCAGGACACAACUGAAACAAUGCAAGUGGAAUAUUAGACAUUGUCAAAGAGAUUUUCUCUAAGUGA